AGUAAAUGGAUUUGAAGGUGCUGUCAAAACGUCAUCUUCUCCCUAUAGCUAUCACAUUUUAAAAAUAAAGUGAUUCUCCAGCUUUCAAAGACCCAUAGAAUAGACUGAUCUACGAAUAAUUAUAAUAUAAUACUACAGGGUGGUUUCCCCUGUUUUAAAAUUUAUUUAAGAUUUCAUAAUCAAACAUUGUUAAUAAGCUUAGAAUAACAUAUUAUAUACAUAUAUGCAAUAUGUUAUCUAAUAAAAUAUAAAAAUGAUCUUCUU